AUGGCUGGGAGGAACGGUGCUGCAAUUGCUGUUGCAUUGGUGGCUAUGGCUCAGGCUUUGGAACAUCACUCGAACAUUGGUGAGAAGGAAAUCAAGAAGGCGAUUAGUUACCAGAAGAUUCGUGUCUUUGCCGAUUUGGUUGAUAGUUGCCGAAUUUAUGAGGAGGACAACAAUGCUCAUUAUAAGGUCAUUAGUGAGAAGCGAGGCAAGAGUCAACAAAUCCGUGGAAAUCCUUAUGAUGCUCUAAUUAGGAAGGCCAAGAGGUGUUUCUGUUGUGGUCAGCUUGGACAUGCGACGCCUGAGUGCAAGCAUAAGGAGAUGGUUUUCUUCAACUGUGGUGAAGAGGGGCAUAUUGAUAGUCAGUGUCAGAAACCAAAGAAGGAACAAACUGGUGGAAAAGUCUUCGCCUUGUCGGGGACUCAAACCACUAGUGAGGACACACUCAUCAGAGGUAAAUGUUUCAUUAAUAGCACUCUUUUAAUUACUAUUAUUGAUAUUGGUGCUACUCAUUGCUUUAUCGCUACUGAUUGUGUUGAAAGAUUGAGUCUUAAGUUGUCUUCUAUGAAUGGAGAGAUGGUCGUCGAUACGCCAACUAAGGGAUCGGUGACUACUUCUCUCGUGUGUUUAAAUUGUCCCUUGUCGAUUUUCGACCGAGACUUUGUUGUUGAUUUUGUUUGCUUGCCAUUAGGAGGAUUGGAUAUGAUCUUAGGUAUGAAAUGGUUAGAGUAUAACCAUGUUCGUAUUAAUUGUUAUGAUAAUCGGUGA